AUGCGGCCUUCCAACCUGUCGCAGAUACCAGUUCAACCCCUGUCCAGCAGUAGACGGGCCAAGACUCUUUGUGCUUUCAUUGCAUACGCUUUCAUUGCAUACACAUCACAACCAGCUCAGCAGACCGUUCGCAAGUCCACUGGAGGAAAGGCUCCUCGCAAGCAGUUGGCAACGAAGGCCACCGGAGUAGGAAAGAAGCCCCAUCGCUACCGGCCAGGCACCGUCGCCUUGCGUGAGAUCCGUCGCUAUCAGAAAUCCACCGAACUGCCGAUCCGAAAGUUGCCUUUCCAACGUCUGGUCCGUGAAAUUGCCCAGGACUUCAAGACCGAUCUGCGCUUCCAGAGCUCAGCUGUUAUGGCUCUGCAGUAA